AUUGAAGAAGACGAUAAGAAACCACACACCACAGUAACAGUCGAAGAAGCAACCAUUGAGGAACAACCAGAAGAAGUCAAAGAACUUCCUGAGGAACUGCGUAUUGUCGAGUCUAUUUCCAAAGAUGGCAAACCAAUAAAAAAGAAGAUUCGCACUCGCGUCAUCAAGAAGGUCAAGGGUGAUAAACAAGAAGUUACUAAAAUUGAAACCGUCGAAGAAGACGAUAAGAAACCGCAAACAACGGUAAUUGUCGAAGAAGCACCCAUUGAUGAACAACCAGAAGAAAUCAAAGAACUUCCUGAGGAAGUGCGUGUUCUCGAGAUUUUGUCCGAAGAUGGCAAACCCACAAAGAAAAAGAUUCGCACUCGCAUCAUCAAAAAAAUCAAGGGUGAUAAACAAGAAGUUACUAAAAUUGAAACUGUCGAAGAAGACAAUAAGAAACCACACACCACAGUAACAGUCGAAGAAGCACCCAUUGAUGAACAACCAGAAGAAGUGAAAGAACUUCCUGAGGAAGUGCGUGUUGUCGAGUCCAUUUCGAUAGAUGGCAAACCCACAAAGAAGAAGAUUCGCACUCGUAUAAUCAAGAAAGUCAAGGGUGAUAAACAAGAAGUUACUAAAAUUGAAACUGUCGAGGAAGACGAUAAGAAACCGCAAACAACGGUAAUUGUCGAAGAAGCACCUUUUGAUGAACAACCAGAAGAAAUCAAAGAGCUUCCUGAGGAAGUGCGUAUUGUCGAGUCCAUUGCCAAAGACGGCAAACCCACAAAGAAAAAGAUUCGCACUCGCGUAAUCAAGAAGGUCAAGGAUGAUAAACAAGAAGUUACCAAAAUUGAAACCGUCGAAGAAGACGAUAAGAAACCACACACCACAGUAACUGUCGAAGAAGCAUCCAUUGAUGAACGACCAGAAGAAAUCAUAGAACUUCCUGAGGAAGUGCGUAUUGUCGAGUCCAUUGCCAAAGACGGCAAACCAAUAAAAAAGAAGAUUCGCACUCGCGUAAUUAAGAAAGUCAAGGGUGAUAAACAAGAAGUUACUAAAAUAGAAACCGUCGAAGAAGACGAUAAGAAACCACACACCACAGUAACAGUCGAAGAAGCACCCCUUGGUGAACAAACAGAAGAAGUCAAAGAACUUCCUGAGGAAUUGCGUGUUGUUGAGUCCAUUUCGAAGGAUGGCAAACCCACAAAGAAGAAGAUUCGCACUCGUAUAAUCAAGAAAGUCAAGGGUGAUAAACAAGAAGUUACUAAAAUAGAAACCAUUGAAGAAGACGAUAAGAAACCACACACCACAGUAGCAGUCGAAGAAGCACCCAUUGAUGAACAACCAGAAGAAGUCAAAGAACUUCCUGAGGAAGUGCGUAUUGUCGAGUCCAUUUCAAAGGAUGGCAAACCCACAAAGAAAAAGAUUCGCACUCGUGUAAUCAAGAAACUCAAGGGUGCUAAACAAGAAGUUACUAAAAUUGAAACUGUCGAAGAAGACGAUAAGAAACCGCAAACCGUAGUAACGGUCGAAGAAGCUUUUGUUGAUGAACAACCAGAAGAAAUCAAAGAACUUCCUGAGGAAGUGCGUGUUCUCGAGACUUUGUCCGAAGAUGGCAAACCCAUAAAGAAAAAAAUUCGGACUCGUGUAAUUAAGAAGAUCAAGGGUGAUAAACAAGAAGUUACCAAAAUUGAAACCGUUGAGAACGAAAAUGAAAAACCUGAGACAAUUGUUACAGUAGAAGAAACUGUUCUCCCGAAAAUUGAUAACCUGGAAAUUAAGCAACUUAGGCUUAAGAAAAUGGUCCGUGUAAAAGAACCUGUAGAACCUGAAACGGUGAUAGAGUUGCCGGAACAAAAAACAGUUCUUUUAGCCGAGAAAGACGAUGGUACCCCUAUGAAAACAGUAAUUAAAACCAAAGUUAUAAAAAAGAUUAAAGGCCCUAAAAUGGAAAUCACCAGAGUUCAAACAGUGGAGGAAUUUGAAAAAGAGCCAGUUACAACGGUUUUAACACACAACUACGAAGAACCGUUUCCGCAACUUCCGGAAGAGACGUUAACACCUGUUUACGAAUUGCCAGAAGAAUUUGUUACAACGGAGUAUGUAGAUGAGCAUGGAAAUAUGAAGACUAGAAAAGUUAAGAAAAAAGUUAUUAGGAAACCUAUUGGUGAUAAAGAAGAAGUAACUGAAUUACAAAUUGUGCAAGAUGAGAAUGAAAAACCGAAACUUACAGUUACAAUAACUGAAGCAGAUAAGCCAGACGAACAACCCAAAGAAAUCACUCAAGCAGUGGAGUUGCCUGAACAGCGUGCUCUUCUUGAUACUAUUACAUCAGAUGGGAAAAUCAAGAAAAAGAAACUUAGGACUAAAUCGUAUAAGCAAAAUAAUGAAGUAUUUACUAUACAAAUCAUUGAGGGUGAAGACGAGUCCAAUGCAACAGUUUACAUUGAACAAAAACCCGCCGAAGAUUUUAAGAUGCGUCUGAUAACAUUGGAAGAAUUUCCUGAAGAAAUUAUAGAAGCAGAGAUAAUAGAGCCUGGUAAAAAGCCAAAGAAGAAAACUACUAAAACACGAACAUUUAAACGAGAUGUUUCACCCUGUCCCGAAUUUUAUCAAAUCCAAACUAUUGAAGAAGACGGACAAGAGCCGUACUCAAUGAUACAAGUUGUCAAUGAAGAUAGUCUAUCGGAUAUAAUUGAUAUAAGACAAUUGGACGAUGAGCAAAUUGUCAAGAAAAUAACUAAGCAAAAGCCCAAAAAACACAAAACGCUUAAGGAAGCUGAGCUUACACCACAACAAAUUACAGCUGAAGAAAAGCCCGUUUACAUAACCACAUUUAAGUCGGUACAAAACGAAGUUGGCCAAGCCACAAUACAAACUGAAAGCAAAAAAAUUACACAAGAGGAAGGCGUCCUCGUUGAGGAAGUCCUUAGUGAUUCAGAAACGAUUAAGGAACACGAAGAUUUCACACCAUACCAAAUUGAAAUUGUUGAAGUCAGCGAUAUAACAGACCAAGACAACAAAUUAUACACUAUCACAGAACCCGAAGAUGUAAGUGAAGACAUAACACAGACACAAUAUGCAGACAAACACGCCAAACAGAAGAAACUUAAACCGAAACAUAAAACAACUGCAUUCAAUGUGAUUGAAGAGAAGCCGGAAGAGGUUAGAGUUGAAUAUUUACCUGAAGAAAUAUUGGAAAUAGAAUUGCCAACCGCUGAAUCAAGUAUAGAAGCUCCAAAAACUAAACUGGUCAAGAAAAGAAAAAUUAAGAGUAAGGUUGGUGAACGCGAACAGAUUAUUGAAGUUACUACUACCCAGGAACCAGGCAGGGAAGAAGAGUAUACGGUCGAUGUUAUCACGAAUGAAAAAGAGCCCGAAAAAACGGAAGAACUAUUUGAAGGUGCGAAAGUCACACUAGCUGAUAUGGCAGAACAGCCAAAGCCUAAAGAAAAGAAACCUAAAAAGACGAAACCGGCUAAGAAGGUUAAGAAAGACGAACUAGACGAAUACAUACAAUUCUUAAUUCAUCAAGAAAUUCCAAAAACUGUUCUUCAAGACUAUGAACGUAUCGAAGUAGAGACUCCGCAAAAGGCUCGUCGUGACUCGGUUAGUAAACCCAUAAAACCACUAAAACUUGUACCGAUGAAAGUAGAAAACAUUGAAAUUAAAAAACCCAAACGCAUGGAAAUAACGUCGGUAGCGGAAUUUCCGCAAAUGAUAAAACUAAAGACACCCAAACAAAGGCCGUCUGAACCCAAGACCAAAAAACAAAAAGUACCAUUCAAAACUAAACUGAAGAGCUGGAUUAAUUUUAUACCUUAUGCUCCGUACAACUUCCAAUUGAAAAUCACGGAACUUAACACUAAACGAGGUUGUGGUGAACUAUCGCGUAAUAUUGACGAAGCUUUCAAAAUUUUAAAAAGACGUCCCAGCAAAUAUAUACCUGCAGAGAUUGAAGAAACUUAUCUGGAGCAACAUUUGGUAACAAAAGAGGGAGAAAAGCCAGAAGUCGUCGAAGAAAUUGCUCCUAUUAAGUACAAGCGAUCUAAAAAACUUUCGAAAGAGGAAAUUACCACAGAAGAAAGAAAACUUAAACUUGGUAAAGGCAAACUUCCAAUUACUAAACGGGAAAUGGAGGAAGUAAAACUUAAACCAUUCGCUGUUGAUAUCUCAGCAGACUCUAUUGGAGAAGAAGAUCUUAGUAUACAAGAAAAACCCAAGGUGGUAACGAAAAAAUCCAAACCGUUAAACACAAUACUGGAUGUAAAACUUAAAGCUGAUUUGGAAGUAAGCAGUGACGUCGAAGAAGAAUUCAUACCCAAAAUUAUUGAUGUAAUUGAAUUUGAGCCGGAAAUAAUUGAAGAUGAACAGCUUUCCGCUGAAGACAACAAAAAAAUUGUCAAAAAGAAAAAGAAAAUUGUACAAAAAACCGAGGCUUCACAGUACGUUGUAGAGAUAAUAGAUUUCCCAGAAAGAGACAAGCAGGAACAGGACAAAUUGUAUGAAGUUUCGUUUAUAAUAUGCGAGCCAGAUGAUUCUACUGAAUCAAAGAUACAAAAAACGCAUAAAAAGGUUAAAUUGAUGAAACCGAACGAAUUGGAAGACUUUGUAGCUGAAUUGCAAGAACAUCCUGUAACGGCUAUUGACGAUAACACGUUCUAUGACAUUAUUGUUGAAGAAUUAGAACCUGAAUGUCAAAAAGGAACAACAGAAAACGAAAAGCAAUCUUUGAAAACACGUAAAAUACUUCAUCAGAGAGGCAUAGAGGAAAGCAUAAUUGAAAUUAUUGAAAUCGAACCGGAAAGUGAGAACCAGGAACCUACUUAUAAAGUUUUAGUGAAAGACGUAGAAAAAGAAGAAAUUAUCCGUCCUAAAGAAGAAACUAAGCCGAUGAAAAGUAAAAUAAUGAAGAAGCAUGAGCUCGAUACCUACAUACAGAAACUAAUUGAAGCUGAAAUUCCCAAAACUGAACUUGAAAGGUACGAAAAACCCGAGUUCGAUAAACGUCCGAAAAAAUUGAAAAAAUCAAAAUCGCAAGCACCGCGGGAAACAUACGCAGAAAGUGAAGAGACACAAGCUAAAAUUACAGACUUCGAACCUACAGAAACGAUGCCGGAAAUUAAACAAACUGAUAAACAAAAGAAAACCUUAAAACCAGCAUUAACUGAAGUUGCGCCUAUGGAAAUUGGCGACUUCAAGUUUUUAAUGCAUGAAAGCGAACAGGAAUCUACCGAUGAAAAACAAAUGGAUUCAAUUCCAAUGUAUCAUAUAGAGCAUGUUCAAGAAAGUAAAAAACCACUUCCCGCAUUUAAAGUCAAGGAAACAACUGAACAAACUGAGACCACCGUAGAAACCAUUGAAGAUCAAGGUAAAUUCGUCGAAAAAAUCAAAACUAAACGAAAAAUUAAGAGACAGAUCGGCCCUAAACAAUACGAAGUCACAGUUCUCGAAACCCAAGUCGAAGAUCAACCGUUCGCUGAAGUUACAGUAAAUAUCUUAGAAUUAGAACCACUACCCACCAAUGAAGCAGCCGCAAUUGAUGCCUCACCGAAAUCAAAGAAAAUUACAAAGAAAGUAAAAAAAGAUCAAGUUGAAGAAUAUUUAAUAAAAAUUUGCGAUGAAAUACCCGAAACCAUAGACACUCCAGAGGUAUUAGAUAAAACUCUUACAGUAGAUCAACCUUGUGAAGGAAUCCCUGAUAAUAUUAAUUAUUCUAUGGUAAAAGUGCUCGAGGAAGUAUUUCAAUCGGAACCAGUUCAAGAGGAAGAAAAGAAACCAACUGAAAAAAAGAAAACGAAAAAGCUAAAGUAUGAUAAAGGCAAAGACGUUAAAAUUACUGAAAAGGACAUUCUUGAGGUAGAUAACGUUACUUCCGACGUUGUAAUGAAGCACCAAGAAGAACAACAACAACCGAAGGAGACUUUGAAUACCGAUUUCUCUAUUGAUAUUUCGGAACAAGAUAUACUGAAACGUCCUGCAAAACCUAAAAGUAUUAAACAGUUAAAACCAGCGGAAACUCGUAAGGAGUACGCGGUGAGAAUUGAAGAAUUCGAACCCCAGAUCAUUGUUAAAGAUAUCAUUGAUGAAACGGGUAAAGAAGUUAAAGAAAUCACUAAAAAAAGAAAAUUGAAAAAGACAGCAGGCCCUAAAGAAUAUUUCAUCGAAAUCGUAGAAUCUUUUAUGGCAAAUAAUCCUACAGCUGAUAUUGAGAUUACUACUACCGAAAUUGCUCCUGCAGAAGAUUCUGAAGAAGUAAAAGAAAAAAAUGUGAUUGUCAAAAAAUUCAGGAAGAAACGACCUCAGGUCGACGACAAAGACACUUAUAUACAACAACUUAUUGAGCAGGAAGUACUGAAAACUAAACUUGAAGUUUUUGAACCACUUGAAUGUGAAACUAAGCAGAAAGAAAAGCCGAAAAUAAUUAAAAAACAUCACAAGAAAAAAAUCGAAAUUGUCGCGGGUGCUCCGGUCACUGUGCAUGAGUUUAACAUUCAAGAAAUCGAACCAAUCGAAGAAGUAAAGCCAGAAGAGACAGAUUCUUUAGGAGAAAAUGUCCCGGAAAAGUUUACAGCAACUACAAAACUAUUCGAAGACGAAGGGAGACCAAAACGAGAAGCAGUGAUAAAGGCUAAACAAGAAACAGUGGAAGACUAUCCAGUAGUUGUGGAAGAGAUCGCAAAGAUUAUUGAGACCAUUGAGGAGCCCACAGAGAGUGGCGAAAUAACGCAGACUACGGUUACUAAACGUAAAUUAAGGCGAAAAUCUGGCCCAGUGGAGAAGGUAUUCGAAGUUUGUGAGACUACACUGAAAGAUCAACCUGCAGCGGAAGUGGCCAUAGUAGAAAUUACAGAAACUGCACCAGAAGACGCCACAACCGAAAAACCGGAUGAAAGUAAAACAAUUAAGAAAGUCAAGAAAGUGCCUAAAGAGAAAGUUCAGGAUUACAUCAUUCAAGUUCUUGAAGAACAAGUUGAACCAUAUCCAUUCGAUGAAAUUAAUGUUGAGCAACCGAUUGCCGAGCCACUCAAAGGAGAUGAACAAAUGGAAAAACGAAAACUGAAACCUAAGCGGCCCAAACCUGAGGAAACAAAAAGAGAAGAGACUAUCAGAGAAUAUACAGUACGUGUAGAAGAAUUACAGCCUGAGGUAACGGUUCAAAAUAUUAUCGAUGAAACUGGUGAAGAAAUCAAGCAAAUUCUAACCAAAAGAAAACUAAAAAAACGAGAAGGACCCAAGGAAUACUUAAUAGAAAUAGUAGAAUCUUUUGCUGAAAAGAAGCCAGAAGAAGCAGAUGUUGAAAUUACUACAACCGACAUAACACCGAAAGAAAAAUGGCCAGAAGAAAUUCAAACAGAAAAAGUUAUUAAAAAAUUCAAAAAGAAGAAGGCUCAGUUGGACGAGACAGAUGCAUAUAUACAACAACUUAUCGAACAAGAAAUACCGAAAACUGAGCUGGAAGAAUUUACGCCGCUGGAAUUUGAAACUGUGAAGAAAAAGAAACCAAAAACAAUUAAAAAACAACAUAAAAAAUCAGUUGAAGUUUGUGAUGGUAUUCCAGUGACGGUGCAUGAAUUUAAUAUACAGGAAAUCUUACCACAAGAAGAAGAAACACCAGAAGAAAUUAUUAAAACAGAAAACGAAGAACUUAAAACUUCAAUUAGUGACGUUCCCGAAGAUUUCAGUGUUCGGUAUGAAAUAAAGGAUUAUAUACCCGAAGAGCUCAAAAGCGAAGAAACGACUGGUCAUGAAGAAAAACGUAAACCCAGGAAGGUUAAAAGAGCGGAAAUUAGAACUAGUGAGGAACAACCUUUAGUGAUAGAAGAAAUUGAAGCGAUCACAGAGAUCAUAAAAGAACCUUUAGAUAAGGAGAACUUUGAGGAGAAAAAAAUUACUAAACGUAAGAUUAAAAGCAAAUCUGGUCCUAAAGUGCAAGUUUUUGAGAUUGCAGAAAUCAUUAAAGAGGAUCAACCCACAGCCGAAGUUACAAUUACUGAGAUAAUCAAUGAAGCUUUCGCCACUGAAGAAGCAACAACUGUGGUGAAAAAACCAAUUAAGAAAACUAAAAAAGUUCCGAAAGAACAAACCAAAGAAUUCAUUAUUAAAGUUAUAGAAGAUUUUGUUAAGUCUGAUGAUGUAAUAGCCAUGAUCUCUGAGGAAGUCUUGGACGUGCCAGCCGAUACUGACAAAAUUCCUGAAAAGAUUAAAAAGUCUAAAAAGAAAAGGGUUUCUAUAGUUGACGAACCGUUUGAAAUACCAGACAUAAGUCCAAGCGAAGAAGUGUCAAAACGUUCUGAAUCUCCUAAAGAGAUAACCGACGAUUCAUAUAAAUUCAAAGUUACUGAAGAAGUAGAGCAAAAAGAAAUUAAAGAUAUAGCGCCUAAAAAGAUUAAAAAGUUGAAGCGUAAAGAGCCAAAAGAAACUGAAGAGGCAACAACUUACGAUUACAAAUUAACGGAAGUAGAAACAAACGAAAGAAUUCAGCCUGAAGAUUUGGAAGUUUCUGUUACGGAAAUCGAUAAACAAGAAAAUGUCUUCGAUGUAGUCGACGAUUUAGGAAAAACAAUUACACAAAAAGUCACAAAACGAAAGAUUAAAAAGCAAAUUGGACCUAAGGAAGAAAUUAUUGAAAUAGUUGAAACACAAAAGGAAGAUGAGCCUGUAGCCGAAAUUACUGUAACAAUCACCGAAGCUGAAAAGAUUUCAGAUAUUCCGGAAUUAGUGAAAGAAAAACCUAAAAAGCCUAAAAAAGUUAAAAAGGACGACCUACAAGAAUACAUACAAAAAUUAAUUGAGCAAGAUAUACCGAAAACCGAAUUGGAGAAAUAUGAAAAAAUUGAUAUCAAUGAGCCAAUUAAAUUGAAAACGAAACCAAAAAGUCAGCUCAAAAAAGCACCCAAACCAGAAGAAUCAGUAAAAACGGAAGAGGUCACUGCAGAAUCGCUGGCGAUUUCAGUAACCGAAGAUGAUUUGGACAUUCCUUUGUCUCUAAGUGAAGCUCCCAAAAAACCACGAAAAAUUUCGAAAGUAAAAAAGAACGAUCUUGAAAAUUAUGUACCGAAACUCAUAGAAGAGGAUGCACCCAAAACCGAAGUAGAGACAUUUGAGGAGAUUAAAGUGGAUGAAUCAGUUAAAUUAAAAAAGAAACACCCCCUACAAGUAAAGAAAACUGAAGAAAAGCCCGCAGAAGAAGCAGAGUCUGAACCUGAAAAGACGGAAACAAUCCAAAAUGACCAAGCUCCUUCAAAAAAACGAAGUGAAGAAGUAUUUGAGGUGACUAUAAAAGAAGAGUGUACGCCUAAAGAGGCAGAACCUCCAGCGGCCGUUAGUAAAGAGAUUGAGUCUCGAGAAAAAGAGAAGAAGAAGAAAUCGAAAGCACCUAAAGUUAGUGAAGAAAUGCCAGGAAAAGAAGAUAACAUUCGUGAUGAUCAAUCCGCUGACAUAAAGAUUAUCGAAAAAUAUGAACCAAGUGAACCGGAAUAUAAAUUUUUAUUAAAAGAAAAAUCUGAACAACUUUCUAAGCCUAAAAUUAAAAAAUCUAAAGAAAAGAAAACAGAAAUCAAAAAAGAACAACCCGCAGAUGAGCAAUUGUUUGAAAUAAUAGUAAAAGAAACUUCUCCAACGUUAAUAGAGCCGGAAAAAAUGAAAGUUGAAGUGAUUGAAACAAAAACUGAGGUUCGUGAACCAAUUGAUGAAGAUGGCGCUCUUGCAGUUCAAACCAUUAUAAAACGUAAAUUGAAACUCCCGCAAAGUCCCAAAGAGGAAGCUAUUGAAAUCACAGAAAUUAAAACAGAGGGUCAACCAGAGGUCGAUAUUACAGUCGUUGAAACAGAACCUGAAUCCGAGGAACAAAAACCAUUUAAUGUAAAAUCUACGAAAAAGAAAACUAAAAAAAUUAAAGCUGAUGACUUAGACGAUUACAUACAGAAACUAAUCACAGAAGAAAUACCCAAAACGGAACUUGAAAGAUAUGAAAAAAUUGAAUUUGAACCUACACCCAAAGACACUAAAGAUACUUUUGAGGUUGAAACUAAAGAACAACAACCAACUGAAGAAAAACCAAAAAUUAAAAAGAGGCACGAACCUAGGAUUACUGAAGAUAAACCUGUAAGAGAAGAACCGUUGUUGCAAGUUAAGCUAAUAGAGGAAGUUACGCCUAAAAUUAUGAAGCCACUGCCAGUGGUUAAAGUUAUUGAAAUCGAGCCCGUCGAAACUCAAGUCGAAAAAGUAAUUAACGAAGAGGAUAAACCCAAACAAAAAACAAUCCAGCGACGAAAACUGGAGAAGAAAGUGGAUGACACAGCAGAAAGUAUAGUACAUGUAGUUACGAUACAUGAAGAAAACAGUUCUGAAGUUACAGUUAUCAUUGACGAAGAACCGUUGGAAGAAGCGAAGCUACUAACUGAGCAGCCUGAACAGAAAUCAGAACCUGCUAAAUUCAAGAAACCAAAGAAAACAGUAAAAAAAGUAAAAACAGAUGAACUAGAAAAUUAUAUUCAAAAACUGAUUGAAGAAGAUAUCCCAAAGACUACGUUAGAACAAUAUGAAAAGAUUGACAUACCGGAGAAAACUGAACCAAUUCCAAUCGAACAACUAAAAGAACAGGUCAUUGCCAUUCAAAGAAAGGAAGUUAAAAAAAGUAAACCUCCAAAAAUUCCGACUACCGACGAAAUACUAAAUACUACAGUUGACACUAUAUAUGACAUAAAGAUCACAGAAACAGAAACACCAUACAAUGCACCACAACAACAAAUAGAGGAACAACAUGAGGCAACACAGCCAAAGGACACAGAACAAAUCACACCCGUCUCACAUAAGGAAAUACAGCCAUCACAACCAACAGAGGAAACAAAACCAAUCAAACACAAAACUAAAAAACAAACUCCUGAGACAAGUAAAGAGACGAUUAUGCAUGAUUAUAAGAUUGGUAUAAUCGAAGAAGAACCAGAGGAAAGAAAACCUACGGAAGAAAUUGUCGAACAGAAAGAAGAAGAGACAAGAUCAGAAAUCAAAAUUAUCGAGGAAUUGCCCAAGGCUUUGGAAGAACCGCAUCCCGUCGAGUACGCCGAAGAAGAAAAAGAGGAAGCGCCCAAAGCAGUCGAAGAAAUAUCUAAGCCUAAAAAGAAAAAGAAAUCAAUUAAGAAAAUUGACGAGCAAGAUUUAAUUAUACAAAAACUUCUUGAACAAGAAAUUGAAAAGACCGAAUUGGAGAAGUUUGAAAAAAUUGAUUUCGAAAAACCAAUAAGAGCUAGAACCGAAGUUGCCAAAUUGGAGCCCAUUAAGAUAGAGCGCAAAGAACAGAAAGCCAAAAAGGUGAUAAUUACGGACACAACUGAAAUUCCCCAAAUGGUUAAACUGAAAGCUGUGAAACGCAAAGAAAAGCCAAUUGAAGAACAAACGGUGCAACUGCCCAAAUUUAAACUUAAAAGUCGAAUCGAUUGGAUUGAAUACCCACCAGAUGCUUUAAAACCAGUAUUAGCGGAAAUCGGAGCUAUUAAAUCUAGUGGCGAAUUAUCUCGCAACAUCGAAGAUGCUGAGGAAGUAUUAAAAUUCAAACCUUAUAAGCCAAAGAAGAUCAAGAAAAUUAAAGAUGAUUUGGAAAAAGUCGAAUUGGAAACUUACGAAAAAUACGUCAGCGACGAGGGAGAGGUUGGAGAAAAGGUACCUCGUGAGAAGCCUAAAAAACCAAUCAAACCGGAAGAAAAGCAAGACGAAAUUCAAAUAAAAUUGGGUAAAGGAAAAAUGAAACCGAAAGAAGAAGAAAAGCCAGAAAACGUAGUACUAAAGAAAAUUCCCGUACAACCGCAACAAGUAGAAGAAAUAAGUGAGAAAGUCCCCACGAAAAAGCAGGAAGUAGUUGUUAAAGAAUUGGAACCUCAACCAGAAGAACCUAAGUACAAAAUAAAGCCAUUGGAACUACUUGAAUUUGAUGAUGUUGAGUAUCCUAAAGAAGAGCUUGAACCGCUACAAUAUCCAGAAGAACCUGCGAAAGAUAUUGAAACGCCAAAACCAAAAUACAAGCCUAAACCGAAAGCUAAGCUAGACGAAGAAAGUAAUAUUAUAGAAAUUGUUCCUGGUGAGCCAAAGAAGACCGAAGAGCCUACUGAAAAAGACGUUAAAUUUCGUAUUCCGGAAAGUAAGCCUGCAGAAAAGUCUAAAGACGAAAUAAAAUUAAAGCAUAUUGAAACGCCUAAGCUUACUCCUACAGAAGAUAGUACAGUUUCAGUCAAAGAGGAAGAGAGAACAAGAGAAAAAUCUUUUUCACCCGCACUAGAAAUCGUUGCCAAAGAGCCCAAAAAACCAAAGGUUAAGAAAGAGAAACCUAAGAAAGUUGUAUCUUUCGAUGAAAAAACUCAAGAAUUUGAGAUAACGAUUCAAGAAGAGGAACGUCAAGAAGCCCCGUCCACAGAUGCUCCUACAGAAGAAGUUAAAAUUAAAGAAAAAUCUCCCAAAGAAAGACCAAUUGAAGAAUUUAAGAUAAAAGAAGAAGUUUUCGAACCUAAGCGUACUGAAGAAAUACCUAUAGAAUAUAAAAUCACUACCACUGUCAUUGAACCUGAAGAACUGCCUGAGGAAUAUAAGGUGCAAAUAACUGAUAUUGAUGAAAGAGAAGUAAUUGUUGAAGAAGUAGUAGAGGAAAGGGUGGUUACGAGAAAGAAAAAACCUAAACCAAUUGUUCCUGAACCAUAUGAAUACACUGUACAAGAACCAGUUGAGGAAGCACCAAAACCUGUAGAAAUAGUUGAAGAAGCUACAUUUGAGAUCGAAAAAGGUGAGCAACCAAUGGUAGAACAGGUUUCAGUUGAAGAUCUGGUUGAAGAACCUAAAAAAGAAGAAACUGCCGAAGAAGUCACUAAGGAAAAACCCAAAUCAAAGAAAAAAUCUCGAAAAGAGGAUGAAAAAAUGAUAAAUGUUACCAUAAGACAACCGGCUGAAAAAAUUGAGGAGGAAGCGGUUGAAGAAAUUCUGGAGAAAUUAAAACCUAAAGAAAAGUUGAAAGAAUACGAAUUCUCUAUAAAGGAAGAGAAAGUUCCAGAGCGAAAACUCCCAGAAGAAAUUCAGGACAAAAAACGUAAAACUGAAACUGUAAUUGAGAAGAAGAUUGUAGAAUUCCCAGAAUACAAAAUAAACAUUGUCGAAUCAAUAGUUGAAAAACCCGUUCUCGUGAAGGAAGAGCAACAACCUGAACAAGUGCUUAUUACCACUCAACCUAAGAAAGCAACAGUAAAACCUGAAGAAGUUGAAGUAAAGAAACCAGUUCUUAAGACCAAAGCAUUUGAAGAAACAGAAGUAGAUUUAAAACCACAAACCAAACAAACAAAGAAGACUAAAAAACUUGAAGAGGUGGAACCUGAAUUAGAAGUUAGAAUGGAAACAGUCGAACCACUGGUACCUGCAGAAAAGAAACAGGAAGUUUCAGUAAAAUUGGAAGUUACAGACAAGAAACUAAUUCAAACAGUUCCAAAAGAAUACACAAUCAAAAUCGUAGAAGAGCAGCGGGAAAUGAAAAAUGAUGUUGCUGAUAUUCAAUAUAUAACGAAGCCGGAGCAGCUAGAAGAAAAGCCCAAAGAAGAUACAGAAGUUGAGUUUGUACUAAAAGAAACAAAAUUACCGAAAGAUGAAGAUCAAGACGCUGAAGUUAAAAUAAAGAAAUUAAAGAAGAAACCAAAGGCCAUCGAGGAAAUUGAAUUAAAAGCCAAAGUUGUGGAAGAGGUGCCGAUAGAUCAACCUAUCGAGCUUUUAGAAGAGACGAAGCCAUCUGUUACUGAAGAAGUUCACAAAGACAUUCCAAAGGAUUAUAAAUUUAAACUUAAAGAAUUUGAAAUUCCAAAAGAGAAAAUUACAAUCCCAGAGGAAGGCGAAAAACCAAUCGAGAAACAUGAACCUGAAAAAGAAAGCAAGCCUGAUACCGAAUAUCAGAUCAAUGUAAUUGAAGAGACACCUCGAUUUGUGACUGAGGAAGUAGUUGAGGAGCAAAUUGAAAUUAUUCGCAAGAAAAAACCAAAACCAAGUUUUGUCGAAGAACCAGAAGAACAAGUGAUUUUAACACCCGUAAAACCGAUAGAGAGUGUAGAAGAAAAGAUAGUCAAAAAGAAACCGAAGAAGUCAGUUCCAGCAGAAGAUCGGGCUGAAUUAGAAAUUACAAGAACUGAAGAAAUUGCUAAAGAUUCUGAAAUCAUAGAAGGCAUACAAUCUAAAAUAGAAGAAGCAUCGGAAGACGAACCAAUUUCUUACAAAUUUUCUGUUACGGAUAUAGAACCAGAAAAGAAAAUCGAAGUACCAGAAGAAAUAGUUUUACCUACCAAAACGAAAAAGCCUAUAAAAGAAGAGCCUGAAGAGCAAAUAACACUAAUUGCAGAAAAACCUGUGGAAGAAGUUGUCGAAGAUGCAACAAUCAAAAAGAGACCGAAGAAACCAAAGCAAAUAGCAGCUGUUUCGAUUGAAGAGAAAAUUGUUAAAGUUGAGGAAGUGCCGCAAGAAGUAAAGGUAAUUGAAGAAAAAGUAGAAAAAGUAGAACCAUCUACAGAAAUUGAACAAAAACUUGAAGAAGAAAAAGUUAUCGAGAAGCCAAAGCUAGAGAAACCUAAGGAAUAUAAAUUCUCUCUUAUCGAAACUGAACCACAAACGUUGGAACAAUUACCUCAAGAAAUUGUCAAACUGCCUAAGAAAGAAAUAAAACAACCGGAAAAAAGUGAGGAACCGGAAGUGGAAGUUUCUUUACAACCAAAACUUAAAACGCAGGAAGAACCAACGGAAACAGCGGUAAUUAAAAGAAAACCAAAACCGAAACCUAAAGAAGAAACUGCGGUUGAACUUCGCAUGAAGGUAGAAGAAGAAAUACCUGUUGAACCCGUUGUACAAGUAGUAGAAGAAAUCGAAGAGGUUGAACCAGAUUCAGCUGAGUUGAAAUUACCUAAAAAACCAAGAAAACCUAAGAUAGAUGAAGAAAUUUUUGAAGAGGAGGUAUUGUUAAAAAAACCAGCGAUUACACAAGAAAUAGAAGAAGAACAAACAACUCAAGUUACAUUGAAACCCAAAAAAACACAUAAAUUCGUAGAAGUGGAAGACGUUGAUGUAGAAUUCAAAAUUGCUAAACAAAAACAAGUUACACAGGAAACUUCAGAACAAACUGUUCAGUUAAAAAAGAAAAGAAAACCGGUUAAAGUGAUAGAAGAGGAUGCCGAUGAGCUGAUCAUAAAGCAGGAAUUAAUUGAAGAAAGAGUAAAAGAAGUUAUAGAAGAAGAAGUUAUUGAUGAUGUGAUGGUCCGUAGGAAACCGAAAAAGCCAAUUGAACCACAACUCGAAGAGCUCGAAGAGCAAGAGUACAGUAUAUCGUUCAAGAAGCCACAUAAAAUCAAUGAGGGUGUGGAAGAAGCAGCUACUGUUCUCAAAAAACGACCGCAAAUAGAGCAAACUACGGAUGAAGCUGCCGCUGAGCUUUCUAUUAGACGGGAAGAAGAAUACACGGAAAGUGAAGAUGUCGAAGAAUUUGUUGUUUCUAAGAAGCCAAGAAAAAAAUCAAAACAGGUCAUCGAGGAAGAGGAACAAGAAUUUGUAAUAAAGAAGCAAAAACCACAAAAACCAUCAAUAGAAGUUCAAGAGUAUAAAGGUGUGGAAAAUGUCACAUUCCGCCCUAAACCUGCUAGAGUCCAAGAAGAUAUUCAGCAAGAAUUCAAAAUAGCAUUAGACUCUUAUGCCGAAGAAGAGAUAUCCAUGUCCAAGAAGAUCAAAGUAAAAAAGCCCAUCAAAAAAACAUAUUCUGAAGAAGCAGAUGAGGUCAAAAUUAAAAUUGUACAAGAAAUCGAAGAUGACGAGGGUCCAGUUAUUGAAGAAAUACGUGACGCUAGCAGUAUCGAAGAUACCAUGUACGAUGUUGAAGAACCGGAUGAAUAUCAUAUUGAGGAAUUACCACUAGACGAAGUGGAUAUACCACUAAGACACAGAAAACCAACAAAACCACGCUACUCUGUACAGCAUGAGGAUGAAGAAGAUUUCUUGAUUGGCAUAGGACGAAUAAAAUCUGAAGCUGUAACCUAUGAAGAAGAUUCGCUGACCUUCAAAAAGAAACGCAAAGUCGUCGAACAAAUCUACAAUGAAGAAGGAGCAUCUUUAAAUAUUACACGAGAAAUGCACGUUGAAGAAAGCGAAGAGGAAAAUGCCAUGUAUUCUAUUUGCAACUAUGUGGCUGACAAUGAUGAGGCUAUUAAUCUGGUAGAAGGCGAGAAGGUAUUCGUUAUAGGACGUCAUAGUUCAGAAUGGUGGUAUGUGAAAAAGAGCAUUACUUUAGAAGAGGGUUGGGUGCCCGCCCAAUACCUUAUGGAACCAACUAAAUACAUGCAAUAUAUACAAAAGAAACUACACGAGAAAAUUGACAAGUUGCCCGUUUUUGAACGGCCUGGACCAGAUGAAAAAGCUAUUGCGCCUAGGUUCAUUGAAAAAUUGCAACCCAUUCAUACACCGGAUGGGUAUACGGUGCAAUUUGAAUGCAAAGUUGAGGGUGUACCCCGUCCACAGAUUGCCUGGUUCCGUGAAACCGCCAUUAUAAAACCUUCUCAAGAUUUCCAAAUGUAUUACGAUGAAGACAACGUAGCUACACUAAUUAUACGAGAAGUAUUUCCUGAAGACGCUGGACGCUUUACAUGCGUCGCUAAAAACUCGGUUGGUUUCACAUCAACCACGACUGAAUUAGUUGUGGAAACGCCUUUAUCAGAUCAUGGUUCUGACGCAACCGGUAUGUCACGCAAAAGCAUGUCGCGUGAAUCCUCUUUAGCCGACAUUCUAGAGGGUAUCCCCCCAACUUUCUCUCGCAAACCUAAAGCUCAAUACGUCAAUGAAAAUACAAAUGUCAUUUUGGAAUGCCGUCUCGUAGCAGUACCAGAACCAGAUAUUAUAUGGACCUAUAACGGCGAACAAAUUGAUACAACAAAAUUGCAAAAUGUACGUGUGGUCACAGAAUCUGAUAUACACAUGUACUGCAGUGUAGUUCACAUUAGCAAAGUCAAGAAGUCGCAGGAAGGCGUAUAUGAAGUAGUAGCAACAAACCGCGAAGGGGAGGCCAGGUUACCUAUAAUGCUGAAAGUGCGCACAGGGGAGAAAGAGCCACCUCAAAUAUUGGAACCUCUUCGCAAUAUGAUUAUACGUGAAGGAGAAAGCGCAGUUUUAUCCACACAAAUUGUCGGAAAUCCAGCCCCAAAAAUUUCUUGGUACAAAGAUGGCAAACCAAUAACAGAGAACGUCAGGAGUGAUAAAGAUGUUCAUACCUUAACUUUGAUUUCACCGAAAUACCCAGAAAAGGGAGAGUACACAGUAAAAGCAAUUAAUCCACUAGGUAGCGUCGAAACCAACGCCCAACUGACCAUUGAAGAAGCGCCAAGCGGCAAUGCUGAACCUCCGCUGUUUGUUGAACGUUUUGAAGAGCAGAGUAUACCCCAGAAAGGAACUAUUCGUUUGCUUGCAAAAGUUUCCGGCAAUCCAGUACCUGAAGUCUCAUGGCUUUUUAACAAUAAUCCCUUGUAUCCCAAUGACCGCACACAGCUGAAGUACGAUGGCGAAAAUAUAGAACUCAUCAUUAAGGAUGCUAAUCCCGACUUUGACUCAGGAGAUUAUAAAUGCAUAGCCAGUAAUCCCUUGGGCAAAACGUCGCAUGGCGCUCGUAUUAUUGUAGAAGUUGAUGAGAUCACAUUUACAAAAAAACUUAAGUCCAGGAUUACUAUAGAAGAACAACAAUUAUUGACAUUAGAAUGUGAAACAUCUCAUGUGGCUUCGCCCAAAUGGUUCUUCAAUGGAAAAGAACUCAGCGGUAUGGAUCACCGCGUCGUUGUAGAAGAUGGAAAAAUACAUAAAUUGGUUAUUAGAAACACGAAUUUACGAGAUACCGGUAGCUAUGUUUGCAAAGUGAAAAAGACAGAAACACAGUCAACUGUUGAGGUUUUACCACGUAAACCUGAAUUCAUUAAACCCCUAGAAGACUACGAAGUAACUGAAAAAGACACAGCCAUUUUAGAAGUUGAAGUAUCUACAGAUGCUGGUGAAGUUCAGUGGUUUAAGGAUGGCGAGAGAAUAACUGCCGCUAAGGAAAGGAUCGACUUUAUUAAAGAUGGCAACAUACACAGAUUACUGGUACGCAACGCUUCUAUACAUGAUGAAGGAGAAUAUUCUUGCAAACUGGAUGAUCAGCAAUGCAAAGCAGAACUAACGGUGAUUGAGUUACCGCCAGAAAUUGUGAAACCGUUGGAAAAUGUAAACGUAACCGAAGGAGAGGAUGCCGUGUUCGAAACAGAGUUAAGCAAAGGCGAUGCUAUGGUUAAAUGGUUCAAAAAUGGCGAAGAAUUGACUUUGACCGAACGCAUACAACUCGCAAUAGAUGGCAAAUGCCAGAGACUGAUCAUCAGAAAAUGCAAGCCAAACGAUGCUGCCGAAUAUUCAAUUAGCGUAGGCGAUCAUAAAUCUAAUUCCAAACUGGUUGUCGAAGAACCUUUGGUUAAUUUCACUCUACGUUUGCCCGAUGUGACUAUAGCCACUAAAAACACAGAUGCUGAAUUUGUCGCGGAGCUAUCCAAGCCUGACGUUGAAGUCACUUGGUAUGUCAAAGGUAAACCGAUCAAAGCGAACAAAAAAUAUGACGUAUUUGUGGAAGGUACAAUACGUCGUCUCGUUAUACACAGCAUUGAGGAAAACGAUGCUGUUGAAAUUAGCUGUACAGCGGCUAAUGUUACUACCAGCACUAAGCUUUGCGUGGAAGAGAUUACAGCAGCGCCCUUAAUCAUUUCGGAUAAACAGCAAACGUUUAAAGUUAAAGAGGAUGAAGAAGUUGCUUUAAGCGUCAAAUACUCAGGUGUUCCCCAGCCACAAGCGGAGUGGUCUACUUCCAAAAAGGUUAUUAUUAAAACCCAAAGAACAGUACCUACUAUUGAUGAACAAACAGCUACCUUAACCAUUAAGAAAGUGGUCAACGAAGAUGAAGGUGAAUACGUCGUCAAAUUAACAAAUCCAGUGGGAGAAGCCGAAGCUACAUUACAUCUAUUCAUUAUGCGUAAGCCAAGUGCUCCCGGUACGCCGCAGCCACUUGAUAUUAUGCAUGACUCCCUAACAUUAUACUGGAAGCCCCCCGAAGAUGAUGGUAAAGCAGAAAUUUUGGAAUACAUUUUGGAAUAUCAAGAUGUUAAAACUGAAAAAUGGACGGAGAUACGUAAAAUAAAGGACACGACGUAUACCUUAUAUAAGCUACAGAUUGAUACGGAAUAUGUGUUUCGAACGGUCGCUGUUAACGAAGUUGGGCCCUCACCGCCAUCACCUGUAUCAUCACCAAUACAUCUAAGACCUCAAGUGCAAAAGGAGAAGCCCACUGUUCAAGAACCUUUACAAAAUGUGGUUACCGAACCUUCUAAAGAAGUCACACUCUCCUGCAUUUUCGGUGGUAUACCUGAACCCAAAAUCAUUUGGAAGAGAAAUGGCCAAGUAUUUGAAACUUCUACUAUGCGCUAUGAAAACCGCGUAGCCAAAUAUACCAUUGACAAGACGACCAUAGAGACUGAGGGUGAAUAUACUUGUGUAGCGGAAAAUGAAAUGGGCAAAGUCGAGACAUCGUGCCAUGUUAAGAUGCAAGAAAAACCCGGUAUAGAAGUCGAGGAAAAGUAUUUAAUACAAAAGUUGCGGUCAGAUGCUAAAGUAAGCAUUCCAGCCCUAAUUAAGGGUUAUCCUAAGCCGCAAAUAAAAUGGUAUAAGGAAACCAAUAUUCUCAAAACCACUAAAUAUCGUAAUAUUGAGAUAACCGAAACCACUACAAGCUUAACCAUUGAAAAGGUAACUCGUCAAGAUACUGGACGCUACAAAAUUGUGGCUGAAAAUGAAUGUGGCUCAGAUACUGUAGAGUGUACCAUAACGGUGCUUGAUAAGCCAAGUACUCCCAAAUCGUUGCUUAUCAAAGAAACGAAAAAAGACUCGGUUACGCUAGAAUGGGAGCCACCGGAGGAUGAUGGUGGCAUGGAAGUAAAUAAAUAUACAUUAGAAAAAUGCGAUUUACAAAAGAAAGUAUGGAUGAAAGUGGCUGACUUCGAAAAGAACAUUCGGUCUUAUGUUAUACAAAAACUUUCCAUCAAUUGCGAGUACAUGUUCCGAAUAUUAGCUGUCAAUCCAAUCGGUGAAUCUGAUCCUACAGAGAGUGAAAUUGUAACCAUAACCAAAAAAGAUAAACCGUCACCGCCUCGGCAGCCUAUAGAAGUGUCAGGCAUGAACGACAAAUCAUUUACCUUAUCUUGGGAAACACCAGAGACGGAUGGCGGUGCCAAGAUUCUAGAAUAUAUUGUUGAAAUCAAAGAAUUCCAUGAAACUGAAUAUAGACUUUUGGGCAGUACAAACGGCAAUGUGCCGCACAUCUUUGUGAAUAAUGUAGAAAAAGAUCACGCCUACACAUUCAAAAUAUAUGCCAAAAAUGAAGUAGGCAUGAGCGAUGCUUUAGAGACUGAAGAUAAAGUUGUAGUGAGCCGUAGAAUAACUCCUCCAUCACCUCCACAAAACUUAAGAACACCGGAUAUAACUAGCAGAAGUGUGACGCUUGAUUGGGAAGUGCCCGCGCAUAAUGGUGGUUCUGAAAUCACUGGUUAUUGCGUUGAAAAACGUUCCUCUACCUCAACUAAAUGGACGAAAGUGGUAACAUUGAAUGCUCAUAAUCUCCAAUAUACUGUUGAUAAUCUAAAAGAAAAAUGUGAGUAUUGGUUUAGGGUAUCCGCUGAAAAUGAAGUCGGCUUAGGAGCCCCAGCCGUCACAGAUACAGUAAAUCUUAAAACACAUGCAAGUAUAACCGUUGCUAUUUUAAUCAAUCAAUUCGUAAUAAUGGAAAUCGUAUUUUUAUUAUAUAAUCACAAAGCGGUACCUUCGCAACCUACUUCACCACUGGAAACAAGAAUUAUAGCUGCCAAUGUUCAUGUAUUCGAAUGGGGUAUGCCCGAGUCAGAUGGAGGUGCGCCACUGCUUGGCUAUCAUAUCGCUAUACGUGACAUGAAAAAGACAAUGUGGAUCGAAGUAGGUCGCGUACCAGCUGGCAUACAGAAAUUCCAAAUCAGAGACUUGCAAGAAAAUCAUGAAUAUAUGAUACGUAUAUUUGCUAAAAAUGAAAUUGGCCUUAGCGAACCUUUAGAAUCGGAAGAACCGUAUAAAGUGAUAACGACAGGUCAUUUAAGUCUACCUGAUGAGCCGCAUACAGAGUUGAGUACUUGUAAUACAUCAUCUUGGCUAAGGGAACAUAAUAUGGAUGCGGAUAUACAUUCAUACGUACGCGGUAAAUUAUUGCGUCGUGAUGAGUAUUUCUUCCGCUUGUCGGCUAAAUUGCCCAGUAAAAAGAAACGAGGCUCAAAAUAAGUAUAAAAAUAGUAGAAUAUAAACAAUAAACACUCUUCACUUACACUUCAAACUAUACAACUAGACAA